AUGUCCGAAUCAAAUGCCGGCUCUGACGUUGUCAACAUGAAGCUGAAGGCAGAAAAGCGUGGUGACAAAUAUAUUCUGAAUGGCACGAAAUUCUGGAUAACAAACGGUCCCGAUGCCGAUGUCUUAGUGGUUUAUGCCAAAACUGACACAAAAAAGCAUCAGCACGGCAUUACCUGUUUCUUGGUAGAGAAGGGUUUCAAAGGCUUCUCCACUUCUCCGAAGCUGAAUAAGUUGGGUAUGCGAGGGUCUAACACAUGCGAAUUAGUCUUUGAAGAUUGCGAAGUUCCAGAGGAAAAUGUUAUGGGAGGAGAAGGAAAAGGAGUGUAUGUGCUGAUGACGGGUCUUGACUACGAGCGCUUAGUUCUCUCUGGUGGUCCCUUAGGGUUAAUGCAAGCUGCUUGUGACAUUGCUUUCGAAUAUGCUCAUCAUCGUGAAGCCUUUGGCACGCAAAUAGGAACUUUUCAGGCGAGUAAAAAUUCAAUAUAUCGAAUGCCUAUCCUUAUCCAAGGUAAAAUGGCUGAUAUGUACACAACUUUGAAUGCAUGCAGAUCUUAUCUCUAUACAGUUGCAAAGGCAGCGGAUGCGGGGCAUUGUUCAAAUAAGGAUUGUGCCGGAGUGAUACUGUACCUAGCAGAAAAAUGUACCCAAGUAUGCUUGGAUGCCAUACAAAUACUUGGAGGAAAUGGAUACAUUAACGACUACGCUACUGGACGACUUUUACGGGACGCUAAGCUUUACGAGAUUGGUGCUGGAACCAGCGAGGUCCGACGACUUAUUAUUGGACGAGCGCUCAAUAAGGAGUAUAUUCACUAA